UCACAGACAUCGCUAGUGAAUUGUACCAGACAGAAAUGCCUUUGGAGCUGUCCCUUUAAAACUCGAGCAGCUACCAGGCUAACUCCUCCUCCAGGGAGGUUCCUUAUUAAAUGAGAGCCAGCUGGCCGGGCCUCGUUCUACACCCUAAGCAAUACCUGCGACUGAGGACUGCUCCCUGGGAGACGGCAGCCUGUCAGCAUGGCUCAGGAGUUUGUGAACGGCAAAAUCCAGCCUGGGAAGGUGGUCGUGUUCAUCAAACCCACCUGCCCCUACUGCAGAAGGACCCAAGAGAUCCUCAGUCAACUGCCCUUCAAACAAGGGCUUCUGGAAUUUGUCGACAUCACAGCCACCAGCGAGGCAAACGAGAUCCAAGAUUAUUUGCAACGGCUCACAGGAGCAAGAACGGUGCCUCGAGUGUUUAUUGGCAAGGAGUGUAUAGGUGGAUGCAGUGAUCUAAUAACUAUGCAAGAGAGUGGGGAACUGAUGACGCGCCUGCGGCAGAUUGGAGCUCUGCAGUAACCACAGAGCAGGACCCACGCUGACAUCCCCGUCCAGAGCUGAACAGCAUCGCAAAGGAUGACAACACUUCCUGGUGGAUGGAAUUUUGGGCACAAACAGCUUUUUUUCCUUCUUUUGGCUCAGUAUUUAAAAAGUGAACCAACCUGCCCCUCACCAAGGGGCCAAGAAGG